CGCCUCAUUGUUUUUAAGCCUCUUUUAAUUAAAAAAUUACAGGAAAGUUAUCGCGGGGUUUUCGCUGCCGACCCAUGGGUUGUCGACCUUCGGAAAAAGUGCCCUCACUUUUAUUCCCUUGGUUGCCACUUAGCAGGCCUUUCAUCUUCGGAGCUGGCUGCCGUCCUCAGUACUUUAGAAAAUGCGUUUCAACGACGAAUUAAAAGCCUCAUGGAGACCGCUCUUAAUGCCAGUAGGGUGUCUGUCCUCGCGCUAACCUCCAGAUUGGAAGAACUUGAAAUGGCCCUCUUCCGGAUCGGGCAAAGUGAACGCACCAGCCUCGACAAGUGGUUCUCACGACUCCACGAGCGCCUAGAGCCCUCCAUGGUUGCUAAACAGACACUGGAACUGACCGCAAGGUCGGAGGCUGUCGAGGAGUUGGCACGGAAGAGAAGUCGCAUCGACUCGGCGCAGCUCGGUGAACGCAACUAG